AUGCGCUCUUGGUUUUUGUUGUUGAUACUCUACGCCAGUUACGCCGAAGCUGAUGAGAAUUGGCGAAUGCUACGCCCAUGCUUCGAGCGGUACCUCCAGACGAAGCUCGCCAACCUCGUCCCGUUCCAUUCUGAAGGCCGAAUGCCUACUGAGGACCAUUGCCUCCGGUUUUGUGCUGAAUCCGCGUCCCGCUGCCGGUCGAUCGUGUACGAGCCACUCCGCCACGUCUGCCACUUUUUCCUGGAUGAAGGCUCCGAUAUGGCCGUACCCGCGCAACACAUGUCAUACUUUAAAGUGACGACGCAGGAGUGUUUGGACCACGUCUCCGAGGUGCUCGGCCCGAUGGAUAUCGAAGGAGAAGAAGUCGAAUUUUCGCCGAUCGAUGAAGAUUCGCCAGGCUCAGCCCCGAUCACUACAACGCCAGCAGCAUCGACGAAAGAAACUGCUGCGCCGUUGGAGCUACAAGACGAUACUUUCUCCAUUCUACCCGUUGAAAGCUCUACGCAACCCCUGCCCACAUUGGCUACAACUUUACAAGACGAAGUGGCUACCGACAAGGCCGUUGAGAUGUCCCGCGAGUUCACCACCCACCUGCCGCCCGCCAUGGCCAAGCCGCACGAGGGUAGACGGGCUUCUUCGAUGGAUACUGAAGAAGCAGAACGAGAACUGCGGGCAAAGAUGCAGACCCUGAAAGAGCUGUUUCCGCAUAAAUUCCAAGAAUUGAUGAGGGAAAGAGAGGCGGAAGACGAGGACGAGGAUGAGGCCGCCGACCUGUUGAAAGCGGCCAAGCCGACACCGGAAGAAGUGAUGCAACCGAAACCGAUGGCCGUCCUCCCACCCAGCACCCCGAUUCGAAAAGAAACCGACAUUUUCCCGGAACCGCUGCCAGAAUCGGAAGGGACGACCGAGCUAUCUCCCGCCCGAAGAUCCCGAUUUUUCACGAAAGCCAAGGUGCUCCAGAUGAAGGAGGAGCAGCUACAGCCCGGCAGGCGCGGCAAGUUCGACACCGCCAGCGUCCCGUUGAACUUUGACGGGGUUAGGAGAAGCCCAAAGCGAGUUGUGCAGUCGGAGUACGAGGACGUCAGCAACGAGGCGGCCGUCCGAAGCCCCUACCUCGAUAAGGCCAAGAAUUUCUUGCAGGGAAUCACGGGCGGCAGUGAUGAUGAAGAAGAAGACGUCGACUACGACAGCUCCGAGCAGCAGCCGGAGCCGAAAACCCAAGUCCAGCCGGCCGCCGAGGUUAUUUCCGCCCCGCAGGCUUCACGACGCGUAUUCCCGCAAGAAAAGAGGGUCCUGAAGAAAGUGCCGCCAUGCUACCCCGAGGAGGCGCCACUUUGGGUGCUGUGGGAGGGCGCGGAUCAAGACAUGGGCCACGGACCCGACACGAAUUGGGUCGAAUCAAGGGCUCAUUGUGAGAAUCAGUGCAACGCGUUGAACGACUGCCUCGGCUACACGUUCCACGACAAGACGAACCAGUGCGAGGCGACGCUAGACUUUGACGGCGUUUCACUACAGACGAGUCGAGCCCGCGACACAUCCACCAGGACGAAAUUCUGCUUCUCCGACGAUCUCCCCGUUUUUAAUAACUGCCCUCCGAUGCGCGGCUUCGUCGGUUAUUCGCUGCAGAUGCAACCACGCGAAGAGUUCACCAACCUGCCCACCGGCUACGACGGGCUCCGCGCUUGCGUCGAGCUGUGCGUCCUUUCAACGGAGUAUACGUGCAAGUCGGCUUCCUUCCUGGCAGCCGAGGGGCGCUGCCUUCUCAACACCGAGUCUUCGCAGACGCAUCCGGAAUAUUUCCGGAAAACACCUGUUGCCGGGCAUUUAUACGUCGAGAAUGAAUGCAGCAGGACGAUGUAUUUAUCGCCUGGAGAGCAAACCCACCAGUCGGUCCGUCGGAUAGCCAAGCAGCCAAAACCCGUCUGGAAUUCUCCAGUGGCAGCGGAGUCGCCGUAUGCGCGAGGAGUAAGCGGCAAGAAGCUUCGUAUCGUCAAAAUUAAGCCACAGCCAACAACGCCAAAGCCCGAUCCUCCGGCGGCAGUCGGCUUCAUCGGAGCCUUCCUUCGCCGAUUUUUCCGAUUC